AUGGAGGGGCUGUUCGAUGAUCUGAGUAUGCUUUCCAUAGGGGUAGAUGGUUUGGUGCAUACUGGCAGCACUUCGACUAGUAUCCUUAAUCUAGGAUAUACUCGGAAUUUCAAUGAAAUCUUUUGCAUUCUCAGAGAUUUAUUUGAAGAAAGUGACAGCCAAGGGGAUUUGGAUAGAGCUUUAUCCCCAGAAGCGCUUUAUGACUCGCUGAGCAGAGUAUGGCUUGAAGCCCUCCCGGUCGACGCGCCGCCUAGACUAAGGUUGAGGAGAGAGCGGCUUGCAAGAAUGAUAGCCAUCGACAUUAGCCUUUCCUCUCUUGGUGCUUACCCCCGGCUAGUAGCCUCGGAACGGUCGAGAGAGCCAGCAUUUCCCGGCGGGGGAGUACAACCUAGUUCGCAGUCUGUCGGUACUUUGCAAUCGUCUUCUUCGUAUCUGACUGAUGAAGAUGACAAUAUCAUGGAAACUGGCAGGGUUUCGGGGCCGAACAGUAGAGGUUCUUCUCGAAGCGGAAUAUCGAGUUCGCAACCCCGCAUGUUUCUCGAAAACUUUACGCCAGUGGUCCACAUCCCUGUUAUAGGUGGAGAUAUAGACGGUCUUCUUACCGACUGGGACGUAGGCCAAUCGCCGGAAAACUAUCAGUGGCGCCCAGUACUCGAGAUUCAGCAGCAAAUUGUCGCGGAUUUCCGAAAUUCCGAAUCCAGAUCGCGGUCCAGGUCCCGCAAGGGCUCAAGGCGCCGGGAUCAGAGCGCAUCGUCUACCGCAAAAAAUGGUUACAUGCAUGGAAUCCGGGGCGGGGAAGAUUUUCCGAUGACACAACCUGCCGCUCGGACUGAAACAGCAACGUUGAUACCGAUAUCGUCAUCUCAAACCACUUCGGCCCAGAGGCCUCCGGCUUCUCAGGUCCACAGGGGGAAGUAUGGGGAUUCAAGAAAGACUAAGAAACGAAGAACUGAAGGGUUUUGA